AUGAUCAAUGAAAUGCAUGAAGAGUUGCUGAAGUUGAGAGGCUCUUCUUCUGUUCAAGACAAUUGGGAAACGAUCCAAAGAAACAAUAAAUCACCUGCUAUAUGGAAGAAGAAAUCUGUGCCAUCGGAGUUAAGUGAUAUAUUCUGGGGACAACGAAGGACUAUCGUCGAACCAAAUGAUCCCUUUUUGGAGAUUGUCCAGCCGUUCCUUGUGCUCCACCUUAACAUCACUUGCAGCAGUGUGCACACCAUUAAGGACUCGCUGAGAUUAUAUUUUGGAAUUAAAAACAAUGAAGGAUACAGAUCGUCUGAGGACUAUGAGGACAAAAACAGCGCCGGCAAAUCAACGAAGAUUGAAAAGCUUCCCAGGAUUUUAAUAUUGCAUCUUAUGCGUUUCAGCUUUGAGAAUUCUGGUUCUGGAUUUGUUAAGUUUGAUAAACCAAUUAAAUUCCCGUCGGAUUUGGAGAUUGAAAAUGAUCUUCUCGCCAGCCCCGUACAACAUCAAAGAAUCUUGUAUGAACUGGUGGGAAGUGUCACCCACCAUGGAAGUAAAUCCUCCACAGGACAUUACACAGCCGACAUCAAAUACCCCGAUGGCCCAUGGAUGCUCUGCGAUGAUGAGAAGGUCGCACCUGUUAGCUCGAGCGAUGUUUUCCACGAUCAGGCUUAUAUUCUUCUGUACGAGCGAUUAUGUUGUUGUGAUUGCGCUUGUCAGGGCCAAAUAUAG